AUUUAAAUUCGAAAAUUUUAAUUUAUUUCUGUAAAAUAAAUAAAUAAAUGAGCUAUUUUUAUUUAUACUUUUCCAUACCAAUCUAGUAAGAUCUUUACGCUCAAGUCUGAAUUUUCAUCUUCAUUAUGAAGGUUUCGUUGAUUCCUUGAAAGGGUUUGUUUUGAUGUAUGAUUCUAUGUCUGUUCUUAAAGAGUAAAGAAAAAAAAAGAAGAAAAUCUAGCUUUAUAUAAUUCAAACCUUUUCUCUGUAUAUAUUUUGAUUAGUGCUUUGAGCUGAAUAAAAAGUGUUUUUCAGCAAAAACCCUGGUUCUAGUUAGCUCAUUGGUGAAACCCAUUCAGCUUGUUGAAGAAAAAUUUGAGCUUUCACAUUGAAGAAAAAACAGAGUACUCUGUUUUGAUAACAGAGUGAGUACCCCCGAUUAGCAUUACCAAUGGCAGAGAAAGGAUUAAGAACGGCAUUAUUUCCUGCAAAAGUAUGGCAAAAUUCAUGGUUUUACCUGAGAUUUCCAAUCUUAGUAAUGGUGGUUUGUAUGGGGAUUUUAGUGAUUUAUGGUAUUGAUGAAUUAACAAUAAAAACAUGGAGGAAACAACAUUAUCCGCUGUUUAAUAUUUCAAACAGCAAUUUAUCAGAUUUAAUGGUUAGUGCAUGUGAAAAUGGAACUUGUGCUUAUCAUCAAGAUAUCUUCAAUGUAACUCAAUCUCCACAACAUUUAGUUUCUCCCAAUCAAAAGAAGCAUUCAGAUAUAAUUCAAUCUCCGAAACAUUUAGUUUCUCCCAAGUUGGAGAAGCAUUCGGAUUGGAUUUCGGUUGAAUUAGAGAAGAAUUUCACAUCGAAUUUCUUAACAAGAUGGAUGCUUCGUGAACCAUGUAUGAAUUGUUCUACAUUUGAUAUACACAUUCCAGUUCUAGAUGGUUUGAAGAUGGAGAAAAUGAAUAAUCUUGUGGAAUUGUCAGCUGGAUAUGUACAUUCUUUUAAUUUUCAGGCUAUGGAUGAGUCCGGGAAUUCGAAAUGUUUGGGUGGUGAUUAUUUCGAAUUGGAUCUAUCUAGUGAAUCAUGGAAAUCUCGGCCACCUAUUGAAGAUCAUGGAAAUGGUUCUUAUUCUUUUUCAUUACAAGUUCAUCAAGAUUUUGUGGGUGAAUUCAAUUUAACGAUUAUUCUUUUGUAUAAACAGUUUCAAGGUCUUAGAUAUGUUCCUGAGAAGUUUGUUUAUCAGAAAGAGCUUCGUCUGAUUCCGGUCAAAUUCUAUAAAGACAAUGCCACCGCAUUGCCUGGAUUGAAAGCUUGUAAAGUGUCUGAUUUCUCUCGGACAAUUUGGGCAGGCCGGUGGACGCGGCAUGGGAGAAACGGCAAUUGUGAAAUCAGCCGUGACGGCCGGUAUAGAUGUCUGGAUUCAGAUUUCCCUUGUAAAACUCCAUGGUGUUUUGGUUCAUUAGGUUCAUUAGAGAGUAAUGGUUGGGUUUAUUCGAGUCAUUGCUCAUUCAAGAUUUUCUCCCAGAAGUCAGCUUGGGAUUGUCUGAAGAACAGAUGGAUUUUCUUUUGGGGUGACUCGAAUCAUGUCGAUUCAAUCCGUAACCUUCUCAAUUUUGUUCUGGGGUUAACUGAGAUUGCAGCAGUCCCACGAAGAUUCGAUAUGAAUUUCACUAACCCGUUAAAUUCUUCAGAGUCUGUUCGGAUUACCAGUAUUUUCAAUGGUCAUUGGAACGAUACAAUGAAUUAUGAAGGGUUGAAUUCCCUUAGCAACGGAGAGUACAGGGAUCUAUUGAAGCGUUAUUUCUCGGAAGCAACCGUUCCUGAUACAAUGAUUAUGAAUUCCGGUCUCCACGAUAUCAAGUUCAGGAGCAUUAGAGCGUACACCAGCGGAGCUGAUUUCGCCGCCAAGUUCUGGAAAGAAGUAAUUGAUUCAGUGAAAGCAAGAAAUUUGACAGCACCGAAACUUUUGUACAGAACAACGGUGACCACAGGAGGAUACGCAAGAGGGUUAGGAUUCAAUCCUCAGAAAAUGGAAGUUUACAACGACGUCGUUUUGGAUAAAUUGAGAGAACACGAGAUAUUAUCAGGUGUCAUAGACGAUUUCGAUAUGACAUUUCCAUGGCAUUACGAUAACCGGUGUAACGACGGUGUACAUUAUGGAAGAGCUCCAGCAAAGGCGAGGUGGAGGGAUGGAGAGAUAGGGCAUCAGUAUUUUGUGGAUCUCAUGCUUGUGCAUGUGAUUCUUAAUGCACUCUGUGCAGCAAGAUAGGAAUGGACUGGACAAGAAGAUUUUUUUUUUUAAAGGUAUGUGGUACAUACAGCUUUGAAUGAGCCUUUUUUCGUUGGUUGGCAAAUUCUGGCCGAGUUAAUUAUGGAUCGUGACUGAUGUAAGGUAUUCCUUAUUUGUACUUGUAUGUAAGGUAGAAGAAGGGGUAGUAGUUUUUGUUUAUGCAAAGAGAACAUACCCCAUAAUAUGAGGAUUUUUACUAGAUUUUUUCUUUCCUUUUAGGAGAUAAAGAAAAUUGUAUGUAGAGCAAAUUCUUUGUGUGUAGAUUAAUAAUGAUAGGGAUAAACAUAAUCAAUGAAUCUUUUGUUUCUGUAAA